AGGCUCUCUUUUCUGCAACAGCACCAAGAUGGCUGUUCUCUCAAAGGAGUAUGGCUACGUCAUGCUGACGGGGGCUGCCAGCUUCGUCUUGGUCACCCACCUCGCCAUCAACGUGGUCAGGGCCCGCAAGAAGUACAACGUGGAGUAUCCAACCAUGUACAGCACAGACCCUGAGCAGGGACACGUAUUCAACUGCAUCCAGCGUGCACACCAGAACACGUUGGAAGUUUACCCUGCCUUCCUGUUCUUCUUAGGCACCAGUGGGAUCUACUACCCGUGCACUGCCACAGGGCUUGGUGUCACCUGGAUCAUUGGGAGAAUCCUUUAUGCCCACGGCUACUACACGGGAGAUCCAAAAAAACGAAGGAGAGGGGCCAUUGGUUCAGUUGCACUUCUUGGGCUGGUGGGCACAAGCAUGUAUUCAGCUUUCCAGCACCUCGGCUGGGUCUGCCGGGGCUAACUGACCAUCCUGAUGGCUGUCCAGGAAACUAAAGAAAGUUCUGUUGUCUUCUCUUUUAGAAGUUUUCAUUUCCUGUUUGUGUUGGUUUUUUUUUUUCCUCUUCAUUCAAUAAAAGGAAGUUGUCAAUUCUGUAUUUUCAUUCUAAA